CACUUAACUUUAGCGUGUAAAGUAAACGGUCCAAGAUGGCCCCGGGUUAGGCGAUAUAGGUGGAUAAUCCGUCCUCAUCAGCCAUUCGACCGCACAAAGUGUUGUUACGCGUGUCUAGAGUUAUCCCCAUCUAUCUUCAAGGGGACCGCUUAAGAAUGGACAGGACAAAGAGCUGGCCAUUACGACGCGCCUUGAAAUUGCAACUUGCUCGACAAAGGACUUUGCUGUCUCAUGUCUAUUCAAUUACUCUAAAGGUCAGCAGACGAGAGCGUCUAUAUCUACCUACUCACCUCACAAUAUCUUUCUAAAGCCACAAAAGCUAUAAUUACGCAAGAAGAAGUACCUUAAUUGUGUAGGCGUAAAAUACACAAUGCGAAACGACUUGAAACUCAGUUUUAAUUAAGAAGAUUAAUGAAAUUCGAUACUCUGUAAACCGAUAGGCAUUACAUUGUCUAUGAGCGCUUCAAAGUGAAUAGGUUGAGAGCACUGAGUGACAUUUCCGUGGACGUGCGUUCAUUGCAGGGUUCGAUAUGUAUGACUUUCGGAAAUCUUUCAGAGUGUCGCAUAAAGCGCUCUGUUGUCCAGCAGAAAGGGUGUUCGAUGUCCCAGUGAAAUCUCUGGGAGUUGAAAGGCAAACAUUACAAAAGCUUUUUCCCCGUCGCUCGGUUGGGUCGUGACGUCCGGUGCGCUCUCGGGCGCGAUUGAUUCAGCGGCGGAUGGUUCAAUAAUUCAGCAGGAUGACCGGCCUGUACAUGUCGCAUGUUCCACACGGGAACUGGCCGCAAUAUUGACAGGGCUGUCAGCCAACUUCCAAAAUAACAGAUAAGUACGGAAGAGUUGUCGAAUGUGGAGUCCAUAUUUUAUGUUAACGAGGCCCAUACUUAUGUAGUUUGAAGGGAUGAAUUUGUAGUUUGACUUUGUUAAGCAUACUAAAAAUAUACACUGCUUCAAUAGGAACCACGUCGUAUAUAAUAAGGUACAAGUAAUAACAUUCUCAUUUUACAAAUUGCAUAGAAAAUGGCGGCGCGGUCGCAUCGCCGCGGCCCGCAACACCGCGAGCUAUUUCCAAUCAUACGUUCCGACAUCACUUACCAAACAUUAUAUUAAAUGGUUCAAUUAAAACUUAUUUCAGGCCUUGCCCUGAUUAUUAAUGUGCUAAUAAUUCUUUCUGUCAUCGUAAUUAAAGUUUAAACGAAGAUAGACGAAGUUUAUUGCGCUUUGCUCGGAGUUUUGGCUGUUCUAAGGUGAUAUACAUCAAUUCCAUUAGCACAGUUUAUUUUGACUAAUGAUAGUAUCAAUUUGCGAAAGAGACGUAAUUAGGCAGCCGGAACCCAAGCCACAGGAUACGUCGACCGACCGCCACGACGCCAAGAUAUCAUCUAUCAUUCAUUUCUGAGAAAAAAAAAGCUGUCUUAAAACGUUUACGUCACAGACUCCAUUUUUUAUUGUCCACAUAAUUCCUGAGUUUGAGGUAUAAGUACAUAAUUUUUACAAAUUGAUUAAAUAUUUCUCUACUAUUACCUAAUAGAUUUCAGCCGAAAACAUAAUUAAUUAUUCCACUGACCGAUGUUUGUAGGUAGUUAACAUAGUCUAGACCAGAACUUAUUAGAAAAUUUCCAUUACGUUUUAAUGAAUUUCGGAUAAGAUAUAAGUUGCCAAUAAAUCAUAUAACGCAGUUAUUCUACAAACCCCACAUGAAGUUACAUUUUGCUCUCAUAGUUCGAUUACAAAAUCCAUUGGCCGGUCGUGGCUUAUCUUUGGAUUUAUGAUUUUACAUCCCAAUAAAAACGUUUUAAAACGAAUUUUUCUAUUUAUCGAGUUAAAUGUAACAUUAUUUUUCUAAAUUGUAACAAAACACAAGUAUGUUACGCCUCGUGUUAUUGUUUCAUCUGUUAUUGUGCACUUUGGUGAUGUGUAAAAGAACACAGCAAGAGGAAAAAGAAUCGUCCGCAAGUGCAGAUGACCUGGGCGGCCAGUUGGUAACUUCGUUACGGAACGACGUCAACAUAGACCUCUCAGCAGACGAGGAGUAUGAGGACCUUCGAGCCGAGCUUCUGGCCUACCACACAGCACUGGCUUCCAUCACUCCUAGUCGUAGAUCGAUGAAGACUACGCCGUGUUGGAAGCUAGGCGGAAUUUGCAUCGAUCACAGAAUGUGUGAGGGUCACCGCUAUAUGUCCGAAGUUGAAGGCUGUAGACGAAAUUUAGAAGUCUGUUGCUUUGUGUGGAACGGGUACCAGGUCAGAGACAUGAAAGACAAAGGUUUAAGUAACUUAGCACUGCCGUGGAAUCAGCAAUUCGAAAUUGGUGGUAAAGGCAUUAUAGCCUCUAUGGAUAAGAUGAACUCGAAGAAGAAGAAGCGGAAAUCGGUAAAGGUAAACGUGGAUGAUUCCCGAAUAACACAAUCUCGCACCAAUGCAUAUAAAGAGGAGGAUAAUAUUGGUGAUAUUCCUGUUAUGGCAUGUAAACUUAAAAUCAUGUUUCUGUUCGUCGUUAUUAUGCUAGUGGUUUCAAAUGUGGGGGGUCAAAAUGUCGCGACAACCUCUAAACCAUACAAUAUCGGAAUAUCCAGCGGCUUCAAGGAUGUAUUCCUUGCUGGGAUGAAUGGAAAACCAACACUCGGAACAGCAGGAUCAACCUGUUGGGCACGCGGAGGCAUCUGUGUGGACCUUCAACAGUGUCCUUCACUGAAAAUGGAUGUUGGUGUUGCUGGCUGUGCAUGGGGCUUUAAAGUAUGCUGUAAGACCCACGGGCUCCUCUCCCCAACCGUGGGCACCCAACGAAGAUACGCGAUACCCGUCAUAAGCAGUCUUGACGAAUUGGGAACCUCUUUAGAAAUUAUCGCGCUUAGAAACUCCAUGCUCCUCGCAAGCUGGCAACGUGAGAAAAAUCCCGAAAGUGAUGAUGUACACUUGAAAGACUUAUUGAAUAAAUAAAUAUUUUUGUAGCCUUA